AUGACCUGUAAGGCCAUUCUCGGCCUUCUUUCUACGCAAGACAGGCUUGUCCCCAACUUCAAGUGUCACAACCACAAUAAUCUAAUUGCUGUCAUUGGAGGAGCCACCUCUGAAAUUUCAACCAAUAUAGAAAUCAUUUUAACAAACUACAAGACUCCACAGCUGACAUAUGGAUCAUUUUUGCCAACACAAAGUGUCGGAGGCCACUUCCCAUUUUUGUACCAGAUGGUUCCAAAUGAAGCUCAGCAGUACAGGGGAGUUGUGCAGUUACUUCAACAUUUCAGAUGGACGUGGAUUGGGCUCGGUGCUGUGGAUGAUGACAAAGGAGACAGGUUCCUACAAACAAUAGUGCCACUGCUUUCUCAGAAUGGCAUCUGUGAUGCCUUCAUAAUUAGACUGCCCAAACGGGAUUACGCAGGUGACUUGAUAAAUUCAUAUUUGGAACACAGGAGUAGCUAUAACAUUAUUUAUAAAAGGAAAGCCAGUGUCAUCUUUGUGUAUGGAGAACCUCCAUCUUUUCAGAGUCUGAGAAUGUUGCUGUUUCUUACUCCCUUCUUGUCACUGCCACCUCUGGAUAAAGUGUGGGUUUUCACAUCUCACUGGGACUUUGAAUCAGAGUCUAUUCAAAAGAUGUGGGAUAUGCAAAUUUUCCAUGGUUCUUUAUCCUUUACCAUUCAUUCAAAUCAACCAUUAGGAUUCCAAGAGUUCCUUCAGACUGUAAAACCUUCUUGGGCCAAAGGAGAUGGCUUUAUCCAGGACUUCUGGCAGCAGUCCUUCAGUUGUUCUUUCAAGAUGUCUAAAGGGGAGGAAGGAAACAAUAACCUCUGUACUGGAGAAGAAAAGCUUGAGACUCUUCCUGGAUCUUUGUUUGAAAUGAGGAUGUUUGGCCACAGCUACAACAUCUACAGUGCUGUCUAUGCUGUAGCACACGCUUUGCAUGCUCUGUAUGGCUCCACUUCCAAACACUGGAAACCUGGGAACCUGCCAAUUAUGAAUAUUCAGCCAUGGCAGGUAGCAAAAACUACUAUUGUUCCUUAUCUCAGCUCUUUACAUCAAGACAGCUCCAUGGAAACAAAAAAUAAUAAAAUCUCUACAUCUAAUGUCUUUGAAAAUCUAUCAUACUAUGUUCAGGACCGCUUUUCAUUUUCUUCACAUUCUCUUUCAUUCCAGGUCCACCACUUUUUAAAGAAUAUCUUAUUCAAUAACACUGCUGGAGACACUCUGCAUUUUGAUGGGAAUAGAGAAUUAGUUGCAGGGUUUGACAUUACAAACUGGUUGAUGUUUCCCAAUGGCUCAAUAAGGAGAGUAAAAGUUGGAAGGCUGGACCCUAAAGCUCCUCCAGGCAAAGAGUUAACCAUAGAUGUUGGUCAGAUCACAUGGCACCCAAGCUUUAAUCAGGUGGUGCCUGUGUCUGUGUGCAAUGACAACUGCUAUCCUGGUUUCCACAAGAAAAAGAAAGAAGGAGAGAAAUUCUGUUGCUAUGCUUGUUCUCCCUGUCCAGGAGGGAUGAUCUCUCACCAGAAGGACAUGGAUUCCUGUGCCCAAUGUCCAGAACACGAAUACUCCAGUAGUGAUCAAACUCAUUGCAUUUCCAAGACCAUAAACUACCUCUCUCAACAAGAAACUUUAGGGAUCAUCUUAUCCAUCUUGGCUGGUUUCUUUUCCUUGAUCACAGCUUUAGUGCUUGCAAUGGUUAUGAAGUAUAAAAACACACCCAUAGUCAAAGCCAACAACAGGAGCUAUACCUACAUCCUCCUCAUCUCCCUUCUUCUUUGCUUCCUUUGUUCUUUGCUCUUUAUUGGACAUCCUACAAAACUGAGUUGCCUCCUCCGAAAAGUAAUGUUUGGCAUAGUUUUCUCUGUGGCCCUUUCCAGCAUUUUGGCAAAAACCAUCACAGUGGUGCUGGCAUUUAUAGCCACCAAACCAGGAUCCGCAAUGAGAAAAUGGAUGGGAAAAAGACUGGCAAAUUCCAUUCUCCUUUCUGGCUCUUUUACUCAAGUAGCUAUUUGUACCAUUUGGCUCUGGAUGUCUCCUCCAUUUCCAGAUGUGGACAUGCACCAACUAGAUAAAGAGAUCAUAUUGGAAUGUAAUGAGGGUUCUAUGUCCAUGUUUUAUGGUGUCUUGGGCUAUUUGGGCUUCCUGGCCAGUGUCAGUUUCCUGGUGGCCUUCCUUGCCAGGAAGUUGCCUGACAGCUUCAAUGAGGCCAAAUUCAUCACUUUUAGCAUGCUAGUAUUUUGCAGUGUUUGGGUAUCCUUCGUUCCAACCUACCUGAGCACUAAAGGCAAAUACAUGGUGGCUGUGGAGAUCUUCUCCAUUUUGGCCUCUAGUGCCGGCUUACUGGGUUGCAUCUUUUUCCCUAAAUGUUACAUCAUCAUAAUAAGGCCAGAUGCCCUUCUUAUCAAGGGUUACCAAGAUGAAUGA